AUGGCGCGUCUGAGGCCAGCAGUCACCAUGUCGGAGGUGUCUGUGAAGUGUGAGAGGCCAAAGUUGCCGAAAUUUGUAGACGGUAAAGACAGUAUGGACAGUUAUUUACAAAGGUUCGAGCGCCAUGCUGAGCUGUCUAGUUGGCCACGAGGUGAGUGGGCGGUGUCGCUCAGUGCGUUACUGUCGGGGCAUGCACUGGACAUUUAUUCACGCAUGCCGACAGAAGCAGUUCAAGACUAUUAUCAGUUGAAGCAAGCGUUGUUGAGUGGAUAUGACUUCACGGAGAACGGCUUUAGGCGACGUUUCCGUGCAAGUAAACCAGAGAAAGGGGAGAGCCCCGAGCAGUUUACAGAAAGGUUAAGAGCAUACCUUUAUAGAUGGAUUGAGGCAGCGGGGCAAAAGACGGACUUCGACGGUCUGUUGUAUAUAGUACUCAAAGAGCAGUUCAUCGAAGCCUGCCCCAAAGACUUGGCAGUCUUCUUACAGCAGCAAGAAGACCAAAGCCUGAAAGCAUUGUCGAAUGCUGCGACAAGAUACCUGCAGUCGCAAGGCAGAGAGUUCACAGCCAGGUUAAGAGGGUCCCUGUCUGCAGCCGACACGGCCCAGAACACCACAUCUGCCCAGCGCAGCCAAGGUUACGAUCGGCAUCAAGGCAACGAGCUGCGGUGUUAUUCCUGCGGUGGAAAGGGUCACAAAGCCAUGGCGUGCCCGAGCAACUCGAUGAGACAUUCAACCAGCCGCCAAACAUUGGAGGGAAACACACGACGGACUCCGCAACCGUCGAAUCGUCGUCCUGUAAUGUCAGCAAACGUGGCCAUUUGUGAGCGAGAUAGCCAAGGGCCAAGCUAUGAAGGCCGACGACAACACACGAUCGCUACUGACAGCACGACCCAGAACGAGCGGCACACUCCAGUGGUAGACUGCGCGUUUACCAUGAGAACGACCGGCGACAUUGGUAAUAUGCCGGUGUCACGCGGACAGGUGGGAGGUAACAACGUCACCGUGCUGAGGGACACUGGGUGUUCUGGAGUCGUCAUCCGGAAAGACCUUGUGUUAGAAGGCCAGUUCACGGGUAACAGCUCGAGGCUCAGAUGCUGCCACGGGCAUAGUCAGGAUGUGCCGACUGCUGAUGUUGAAAUAUCAUCGCCGUAUUUCAGUGGCCAGGUGAAUGCAGUAUGCCUCGAUAACCCGCCAUAUGAUCUGAUCAUCGGCAACAUUGAAGGCGCUAGAGCCGCUGAUGACCCCGACCCAGAGUGGGAACACACAUGUGCUGUAAUGACUAGAGCACAGGCGGCCCAAGAAAAAGUAAAAACCCAAGCUUUAGCUGUCAUACCGAACGUGAGAAUGCCUGACAUUGAUAAAGAAGAACUCAUUCGGAUGCAGCGAGAUGACCCGACACUGGACCAAUGUCGCAAGCAGGUCGCCAAGUACACAGAAGAUGACGAAAAGAUCAGGUUUGAGGAGAAAGGAGGGGUGUUGUACCGCAUAUUCCGCCAGCGAAACUUCCAUAAUGGGCAGCCGGUCCGCCAAGUGCUAGUCCCAGCUCCCUUACGGCGGUCAGUGAUGGACGUCGCACAUUCAUCCAUCAUGGGUGGUCAUUUAGGUGUCAGGAAGACUUUGGACAAAGUCACUGCAGCCUUUUACUGGCCUGGCAUCUCCGGGGAUGUAACCCGCUUUUGCCAGUCUUGCGAUGCCUGUCAGAAAACGGUGCAUAAAGGCAAGGUGGCUAAGGUACCUUUACAGAAGAUGCCGCUGAUUGAUGUGCCUUUUAAGCGGGUAGCGGUAGACCUCAUAGGUGAGAUUAAGCCCGCCAGCGAGUCAGGACAUAGGUAUAUCCUGACGCUAGUUGACUACGCAACCAGGUACCCAGAAGCGGUCCCUCUGAAGAAGAUCGAUACUGAGACCGUCGCUGAAGCCUUGAUUGGAAUAUUCAGCCGCCUUGGAGUGCCAGAAGAAAUACUUAGCGAUUUGGGACCGCAGUUUGUGUCUGAAUGCAUGAAAGAGGUCUCCAGGCUCCUCAGCAUUCGCCAGAUUACCACUACCCCAUACCACCCGAUGUGUAAUGGACUUGUCGAGAGAUUCAACGGUACCCUUAAGGCCAUGCUAAGAAAACUGUGCCGCGACCAGCCUAGACAGUGGGACCGAUACGUCAACGCACUGCUGUUCGCUUAUCGGGAGGUCACCCAAGAGGCUACAGGUUUUUCACCUUUUGAACUGUUAUUUGGACGAACCAUACGAGGUCCUAUGCACAUUUUGAAGGAGCUAUGGACCAAGGAGGUCAACGAACCCGAAAUUCGGAACAGCUAUCAGUAUGUAUUCGAGCUGCGGGAAAGGUUGGAAGAAACCUUACAGCUUGCAAUGACUGAACUAGAGAAGGCUCAAGGAAAGGCCAAGCAUUUCUAUGAUCGGAAGACGAAGAACAGAACGUUCAAGCCCGGCGACAGAGUCCUAGUGCUACUACCUUCAGACCACAAUAAACUGUUAAUGCACUGGAAAGGUCCGUUUGCAGUGCGAGACGUCAAGGGUCUGAACGACUAUGUCGUGUUUAUAAAAGGAAAGGAGAAGGUGUUCCACGCCAAUCUGCUCAAGCGGUACAUAGAGAGAGAUCCAGAUAGAGCGGCUGAAAACAUUACCGAGAUAGCAAUUGCUUCGAUUGCUAAUGGGCCGCCAAGCUUGAGCAACUCGGCAUCAUGUCAAGUGGCCACCAUCACGAGUGAUGAAGAUGGGGAGUCUUUGAAGAAGGAUAUCGAGGAAAUGCUGCGUUUGGGAAUUAUUCGGGAGUCCAAGUCACCCUACGCGUCGCCAGUUGUGGUAGUGAGAAAGAAAGAUGGAAGCAACAGGGUGUGCGUCGACUUCAGGAAACUUAAUAAACUUACCCACUUGGACCCAGAGCCCAUGCCGACGCCGGCUGAUCUGUUCCGACAGCUGAGCGGUGACAGAUUCUUUACGAAAAUCGAUUUGAGCAAGGGUUAUUGGCAAGUGACCAUACCCGAAGAGGACAUCCAGAAAACAGCGUUCGUGACACCCGAUGGUGUAUACGAAUUUUUGAGAAUGCCGUUUGGAAUGAAAAAUUCAGGUGCAACAUUGAGGAGAGGUUUAAAGAAGAUAUUAGACGACUUGGAGGGUAUCGUGCACUACUCCGACGAUAUACUGGUUCACACUCAGACUUGGGAAGAUCAUCUCCGCGUGAUCCGCGUGCUGCUUGAUCGCAUCGUCGAGAACAACCUGACUGCCAGGCCUAGUAAGUGUAUACUCGGCACUGAGGACGUAGACUUCAUAGGGCAUCGUCUUAAGAGCGGAGUGAAAGGAGUGCACGAGGACAAUGUCAAGAAGGUGAGAGAUGCACCAAGGCCACAAAAUAAGAAGCAGUUACGUUCUUUCCUUGGCCUGGCAUCCUUUUAUCGGGAGUACAUGCCUCACUUCGCAGCCGUGACGGCACCUCUCACGGAUCUUCUAAAGAAAGGACAGCCAAAUUCACUCGAGUGGGGUGAAGCGCAAGAGCGGGCAUUUGUUACAGUCAAAACAUUCCUGACCAGUGACCCGGUGCUGCAGCUCCCAGAUCCUUCUAAGAUGUACGUUUUAAGCACAGAUGCAUCAGAUACAGGGAUUGGGGCGGUUCUGAUGCAGGAACACGAAGGAAAGUUAUUCCCUGUUUGCUACGCAAGCAGAAAGCUGAAUGGGGCUGAGAGAAGAUACUCUACUAUCGAGAAAGAGUGUUUAGCCAUCGUAUGGGCGGUGAGGAAAUUCCGGUUAUACCUAGAAGGAGUUAGGUUUACCAUACGGACAGACCACAACCCUCUCACCUAUUUGAACACUGCACGAUUUGAGAACAAUAGGGUGAUGAGGUGGACCCUGUUUUUGCAGAACUUUGACGUGCAUUUUGACUCUGUAAAGGGAUCGGACAAUGUUGGUGCUGAUUUCUUGAGCCGGGUUGGCUCAAAGAACUGA